GGCUCUGGCAAGAAGUAUAAAGGUACUGGCACUUGGUUUAAACCUGCUUCCGAAGGUGGUUCACAAGGUGCUUGUGGUCCUGAAGAAGAUGACGAUGACAUGAUUGUUGCUCUGAAUGCUCCACAAUAUGGUGAAAUGGAUGAAGUUUCCAAAUGGUGUGGCAAAAAAAUCAGCAUUACGGGCAAGGCUGGUACUGCAACUGCUAAGGUCAACGACGCAUGCCCAGAAUGUGAUCAUGGCGAUUUGGACUUAACGCCCGCCCUCUUUGAAAAGGUUGUCGGUGAUCUUAAUAUUGGCGUAGGCGAUAUCACUUGGGGCCUAGUCUAA